GUUUAUGCCACUCCGACCAUUUCCACCACCAUCACCACGGAGAGAGAAAAUGGAGGACUUGAAUGGAGAUCGUUCUAAAUUGUAAAACAUCAACGAGGACAGUGAACUCCAGUUACCUCAGAGCCAGGCCUGUGAUGUGGACUGGGGAAAGCCUGCAAUAAGAGAGGACCCUUUGCCUUUCAGCUGAGCAGAGAGGGUGUCUGCUGACUGCCCUGCCUGCUCCAUAACCUCAACCCAGCCACAGAGGAAAGACAGAUAUUGUGGUUCAGAGUAUAGUGACUGUUCUGCUAUGGAGGACAGUAUGAGCCCGGAGCGGUCUCUCGCUCCUGGGUCUGAGCAGAACCAGGACCCUCUGGAUGUCAGCUCUCAAGCCUCUGUAGCGGCAGAGGAGAAGGAGCCGGCCGAUGAGGAUGCAAAGCCUGAGGAAGCCGAGAAGUCUGUGAAGGCCGGCGGCGAGUUUAAGAAGACCUGGGGCUUCCGCAGAACCACCAUCGCUAAGAGGGAGAUGCCGGGAGACGCGGACAGCCAGGACGGCCGUAACGCCCCCGUGCGCCGCAGCGGCCGGCAGGCCAAGCGCACCGACAAGAUGGAGGAGUUCCUGUCCACCGCCAAGCGCGGCCGCGGUGGCAGGAGGAGUGCCCCGCCGCACCUGGAGGCCUCCGACCCCCCGUCCCAGACGCCCACCGACGCCGAGACCGCCUCCGAGGCCAGCUUCGACGGCAGCGCCGACGCCAAAGCCCCCGACGACAAGAUGUCCCCCGAGAGGCCCCAGGGCCGGCGCAGGAAAAUGGCCUCGGCCAAGGGCGGCUCUGUCAGCGACAACGGGAGCUCGGAAAACGACGACGAGGACAAUGAGGAAGCGCCCGUCGCGAAGGAGGAGCUGACCCCCCAGGAUCAGGGGAAGACUGAGGACCCUGAGGUGCAGGAGGGGGGCGAUGAUAAAGAGGAAAAGGAGAAGGAAGGAGGAGAGGAGAAACCUGCUGCUGAGACCAGACAGCCGUCCAGUAGUCCGGCCAGGGCUGCCAGCAAGGAAUCCACUCCUGUCAAGAGAAAAGUCACUAGGCCUAGAGGCAGGAGGAAGCCCUCUAAGGACAGAAAAAGUGAUGAUGACACUGACAGUGAUAGUGAGGAUGAUGAUUCCUCGGAUAAAUCUGGCAAUGAGGGCUACGAUCCCAAUGCGUUAUACUGCAUCUGUCGACAGAAGCACAACAAGAGGUUUAUGAUCUGCUGCGAUCGCUGUGAGGAGUGGUUCCACGGCGACUGUGUGGGCAUCACAGAGGCCCGCGGUCGUUUGCUGGAGAGGAACGGGGAAGACUACAUCUGCCCCAACUGCAUGGUGCAGAAGAGCCGCUCCACCUCUCCCGCCAGCGCCUCCGAGAGCGACAAGCGGCCUCCCAGAAAGCUUGGGCAGAACUCCACCGCUGAGCACACGGCUCUCCCUGCUGGAGUGGAGGACAAGCCUGGCGAAGACCUGGGCAUCAAGGGCAGGAUCGAGAAGGCAACCAACCCAAGCGGAAAAAAGAAAAUUAAGAUAUUUCAGCCGGCCAUGGAAGCCGCAGCAGCAACACCAGCAACGGCAGCGGCAGGAGCAGGAGCAGCAGCAGCCAGCGGAGCAGCGCUGCCCAAGUGCAUCGGCCCGGGCUGCAGUAAGAACGCCCUGCCGGACUCGGUGUACUGCGGUAACGACUGCAUCCUCCGGCACGCCGCGGCCGCCAUGAAGACCAUCACCGAUGUCAAGGAGACCAAGCCAAAGGAAAAACCCAAGCCUAAAGCGCAGAGGAAACGUGCCACGCGAUCUGCUGCCAAGAAGAGAUCAGGUCCAGAACGGGCGGCAGGGCGGAGGUCAACCGAGUCUUCGGGUCAGCCGGAGAACGACAACGAUUCCGACAGUGACGAUGAGGAGGAUGAGGAAGCAGGGGAGCGCAAAGAACAGGAGCCAGCCGUUGCGUCCUGGUCCAGCGACCAUAAUUACAAUGCAGUAACGCCAGAAAAGACUGCUCCAAAUGCUUCGUCUGUGUUUAACAAAUCGUCUGAAAAGGACAGUGAUGAGGAGGAGGAGGAUGAUGAUGAUGAUGAUGACGAUGACGACGAUGAUUAUGGUGAUGGAGGCACAGCCAGCCGGAAGCGGCCCCCCAUUUCCUCCACUCCCCCAAAGGCUAGCAAGAAAGUGUCUGCCUCUCCGGGCGCCAAGACUCUUGCCAAGCGGAAAAAGAACACCUCUCCUUCACCUGGUCGUGGCCGAGGCUCCAAGAAACCUACCCUUCCCCCAAACAAAGCUCUCAAACCCAAAAGACCCACCCCAGCUCCCCCUAUCCCUCCCCCUGUGCUGCCCUUGCCAGUGGGACCCCCUGCCUCCCGACAUCACGUCACUGGGGCCCUGAGGGUCAGCAAGACUAACUACACCAUCCCCAAGAAGCAGCCACAGCUGUCCCAGCCCCCUGUAUCAGGCCCAUCUGCAGCUGCCAGGCCCCCACCUGUGUCCUCAGCCCCCCCACCCUCUUCCACUGCUGCCCCUGCCCCUGCCCCUGCCCCUCCCCCUUCCAGACCCCCACCGCCUGCUACUGUUGCACCGCUACCCCAACCUAACAACCAAAUCAGACAAAACAUCCGCCGCUCACUCACGGACAUUCUGUACAAAAGGGUGAGUGACAGCGAUGACCUAGUGAUGCCUGAGAGUGAGGUUGGAAAACUUGCGGUCAACAUUGAGAAGGAAAUGUUCAACUUAUUUCUCAACACCGACAACAAGUACAAGAACAAGUAUAGAUCCAUCAUGUUCAACCUGAAGGAUCCUAAAAACAAGGGGCUGUUCUAUCGAGUUGUAGGUGGUGAGGUCACCCCCUUCAAACUGGUGAGGCUGAGCCCAGAAGAGCUUCUCUCCAGGGAGAUCUCAGAAUGGAGACCAAGGGAAGCCCCUCAGGUCCUGGAUCCAAGCCCAAGACCUCCCCCGCCUGGGCAGGUGAAGCCCGCUCCAAAGCCGGAGGUGGCGCCCGACGUCAACAUGGAGGAGUCUCCUCCUUUGUCUGAUGGAGACGUAUGUAUCCCUGCCACCUGUCCCUCGCCUGGCAUGGCCUCUGCUGCAGAGCAGGAGGAGACUCGGCCAACACCAGCCCCAGGUGCUGCCCCCACCCCAGCCUCUGCCACCGGUCCUGCUGUGAAGACCGGCCAGGUCAACGUGGCCAGCCCCGUCCCCGAUAUCUUUAGCAGCAUGUUGAAGGAUACCACCGCAGAGCACAGGGCUCAUCUGUUUGACUUGAACUGCAAGAUUUGCACAGGUCAGAAGUCUGCUGACGAUGAGCCCCCUCCAAAGAAGCCCAAGCCGUCAGCCCCCGCCAUUGUGAAGAAGGCAGAAAUCAAGGUCAAGCACGAGCCACGCCCCCCCAAAGCGGGUGGUUCCUCAAGCGACGUUGCACCCCCGGGUGGCGAGACGCCCGUCUCAGAGUCUCCGGCCUCACCGGAGGACGCCAUCGUCACACCUGCACUGAGCCAGUCGUGCGCCCCCGUGGCCAUCCCUGCGGUUUCUUCUGUGACCAUCACACGCCGGGACCCACGCACCGCAGGCUACCGACCCCCGGCCCCCACCGUGCCAGCCCUGCCCGCCAUUUCCAGUACCUCUGAGCCGUCCAUUUCUGAGAUCAAGGCCGCAGCCCUGCCUCCACCCCCGCCCCCUCCUCCCGCCCCCAAGUCCAUCCUGCUGAAACCCAACGCUUCGCCGGACACCCGCUUCUUUGCCGCCCCUGGAGCCAGUGCGCCAGACUCCCACUCCCCUCAGGAAAGUGAAACGGCCAUGUUCCUAUCUGGCCAGGAAAUGAUGUGGAAGGGUUUCAUCAACAUGCACACUGUUGCCAAGUUUGUCACCAAGGCCUACCUGGUGUCUGGAUCCUUCGAGCACCUGAAGGAGGACCUGCCGGACACAAUCCACAUUGGUGGCCGAAUCUCCCCACACACAGUGUGGGACUAUGUGGGGAAGCUGAAGACCUCCCUGUCAAAGGAGCUGUGUUUGAUCCGUUUUCACCCAGCGACAGAGGAAGAAGAGGUGGCGUAUGUCUCUCUCUUCUCUUAUUUCAGUAGCCGACGGCGUUUCGGUGUAGUCGCCAACAACAACCGCCGCAUAAAAGACCUCUAUCUCAUCCCGCUGAGUGCCAAGGACCCACUGCCCUCCAAACUCUUACCCUUUGAUGGGCCAGGACUAGAACCGGCUCGACCAAAUCUCCUCCUCGGCUUGGUAAUCUGUCAGAAAGAAAGAAAGCGAUCUGCAGCCCCUCAGGAAGGUGAAGAGAAGAGGUCUAAACUGCAGGCUCGGGACCCUGAUGAUACUGGCCUUCCCAAACCACCGGUCAUUCCCAGAACUGAAGUCAAGCAGGAGAAAACUCACCUAUACAACCUAGAGGCUACCACCAGCACCACCCCACCUGGUUCCCCUCCCUCCAUUGGCUCUUCUGAAUCCUCAUCAAGCUCCCAAGUCACCUCAUCAAUGUUAUCGAUUAUGUCAUCACUCAAGGGAUCUGCAGCUGGCAGCUCGGGCAAGGACUCUCCCUCGUCUUCUGCCUCUAGCUCUGCCACCCCACUUCAGACCAUCCUGAAAACUCUGUUUGGCAAGAAGAAACAGGACUCUGAUGCGUCUCUCUCCCCAUCUGAGCAGGCCUCAGUGGAGGCUUUGGUGCCCCCAGUCCCAUUGCUUGACCCAAUUGUCCAGCAAUUUGGCCAGAUCACCAAGGAGAAAGAAGUAGAUAUCGAUGAGGAUGAUCGACCAUAUGACCCUGAAGAAGAGUAUGAUCCAGCUAUGGGUUAUGGAACAGAGGUACCUGUGGUAACAGGGAAAGCAUUUGACACCAGUAAGCAGGCUGAGGCUGCUGCUCCUGCCACCACUGCUGAUGUAGAUGAUGUUGCCUAUGAUCCAGAAGAUGAAACUAUCUUUGAGGAAGUGAAAGGAGGCGUUGACGUUCCAGGCAAGGCUAAAGCUAAACCCACAUCUGAGGGUGAAGUGGGAGGCUCUACACUGAAUGAGCAACAGAGGAUGCUGGAUGAGCUGAACAAACAGAUAGAGGAGCAAAAACGUCAGCUGGAGGAGCAGGAGGAGUCUAUCCGUCAGCAGAGAGCUGUUGGGGUGUCCAUAGGAGAUACUUUGUUGGCUCCCCCUACAAAAUCCCUUUUGGCCAAUAGUCAGUUGCUGGUGCUAGGUAAAAAGGUAGAGGAACUGGUGGCAAAGACCCCAACAGCCCCAGUAAUUAACCAGAGAAGGGACCCAAGGCAAAGCAGGGACCCAAGGCAGGCAGCAGCCAAUCGGAGACUGACUUCUGACUCUGAAAAAGAAAAAGAGGAGGCCUCAGUUGAGGACACGGUACCAGCACAGGUAGAUGUCCCACAGCCAGUUCAGUCAGAGCCUGAAGUGGAGACGCAGGUGGAGGCUGUCCCAUUCCUUGAUACAAAAGACACUGAAGUUGUUAUUCCUUUGUUGGGAGAGACCGUAGAACCCGAUAUGGAAGAUGACACCUUUACUGAGCCCAUGGAGAAAACCAACGAGGAUUCUACUAAGGCUGAAAUUGAAAGUAACCCUUACACUGCUUGGCCCAAUUCAGCCAGCAUUUUAAAAGCCAAGGAGCUUUCAGAUCUGGAAAAGUCACAUGAGCAGUCUGCUCCUGACCUAGUCCAUAUCCAAACCUCGACCCCUUAUUAUAGUACACAUGGGAACAGCAACACUACACUCCCCAGGAAUCCCCAAGAUACAACACAGAGCAACGCCUACCCACAAGAGACUCCGGCUCCCCUUGUGCCCCACAUAGCAAUAUCAAGCCCAGACUUUGGCAGCACUCCCGAAGUAAUACCGCCUCCCGUACCUUUCCAGCCCCCACUUGGCCCCCCACCAAUGCAGGGAAUGCCCCCGAUUCAGGGACCUCCUCCUAUGCAAGGUGAGGGAGACCAGCCCCAGUACAGAGAUCCAUCCCACUUUGGGCCCCCAGCACCUUACCCACCUUAUCAGAAUCAAUGGGGAGGACCCCAGCAGCAGUUUGAUAGCCCCCGGGGUCCCCCACCCCAACCCAUGAUGGGGCCAAGAGCACCACUUCCAUUUCAGCCUCUUGGACAAAGGGGACCUCCUCCUCAGAUGUUUGAUAGCCCCAUGGUUUCCAUACCUCCACAGCAUAUAGGGCAAAGAGGUCCACCUCCUGGACAGUUUAUGGAGAGUCAUGGCCCUCCACCCCCUCCUUUUGAUGGACAAAAUGGCUCACUCCAGCCAAGGUUCAACGGACCUCCACCUCCAUUUAAUUUUUCUGGACCACGGGGUCCCCCUCCACCUUUUGCUGGGCCACCCCCUGUCCAUUUUGAGAAUAGAGCCCCCCCGCCAUCCCACUUUCCUGGACCAAGAGGGCCCCCUCCACCUCAUCAGUUUGGGGACCAUGGACCUCAGAAGCCUAUAAUGGAUACACCAAGAGGCCCUGAUGACCAGCAGUAUGAUAACAGUAGCUCCUAUCAGCAGGGGUUAGAGCAGCAUCAGGGACAGACGCCACCACCCAUGUACAGGGAAACCCCUCCCCCUUCACAGACUCUGCCCUACAGGGCCCCACCCCACAACCAGUUUGAACCACAUAGGGGUCCACCCUCCAGCAGUGAAAUGGGGCCACAACAUUUCACCCCUACUAACCAGUUUGGUGGGCCAAGAGGGCCACCACCACAUGUUCACAAUCAGAGGGUCCCUUCACCUCAACACCGGGGGUCAUUUGAAGAUCAGCGCGGUCCUCAUCCUGCAGAAUUCCCACCAAGGCAGAGAGGUCCUCCACCUUCACACUUUAGUGGGCCACGGGCCCACCCUCCCACCCACUUCUCAGAAAGUGGAGGAGGAGGACAGCCACGGUUCCAUUUUGACAACCAUCCACCAGAUGGCAGACCACUCCGGCAUGCUGGUCCUCUUCUCCCCACUCCCCCAGAUGGUCCCAUUCAGAUCCCAAACCGCAUGGGUCACAGCCCUGAAUCACUCCGUGAAGACCACUGGAGGCAUGCACCUGACUUGAGAAGGAGAGGUAGUGGCAGGGAAGAUUCAGAGCCACGCAACAGUGGAGACAGACCAAGCAGGUUUGAAGCCAGCCACCGUGACAGGGAGGCCAUUCCGGGGCACACCCGCAUGUCUGAGGAAAGGCAGAGGGAUGCAUCAGAAGACAGGAGGAGAGAGAGGGAUGGUGCUCAUGCUGGCAGGCCCUGGGAUAGGAGCACUGGCAAACGCUGGAGCAGAGAGAGAGACCGGGAGAGGGACCGUGAAAGGGACCGUGAGAGGGACCGCAGCAAAGGCAGGGAGGCAAGCAGGGAGGCGAGCAGGGAGGCAGGCAGGGAGGCAGGCAGGGAGGCGGACAGGCACAAGGAAGGAGAUGGAGACAAAAAGCGAGACAGGGACCGUGACCGAGAUCGUGAACGUGACAGGGGUAGGGAUCGAGAUUCUGAACGGAGAGACUAUGAUCGUGACAGAGCCAGGAACAGAGACCGAGACCGAGACCGUGACCGAGACAGGGAUCGUGACCGUGACAGAGACCGCGACAAUAGAGACCGAGACAACAGAGACCGACGUCGUGAUCGCUCAAGGAGCAGGGACAGAGAGCGUGGGAAAGACCGAGACCGCGGAAGGGACAGAGACCGUGAUAGGGACAGGGAAAGAGACCGAGACAGAGAAAGAAAGGAGAGGAGUAAGAGCAAGGAAAAGGGCAAAGAAAACAAAUCUGAUGCUCCAAAGGAAACUGAGAAACCUACAGAAACUGAGAUGGCCACUAACAAAAACACAGCCUCCUAAGUUCUGACUUCAUCUUCAAAAGGACUUGGCAAAAUUGAUCCUAUGGCUAUAACAAAAUGUCUUGGACUAACUCCUAAAUGGACUCUUAAGAACGGUUUUCUACAGCUGUAUUAAAAAAACAAAACAAAAACAGUCUUUGGAUAUGUUCUGAGCUAUUGCUGUUAGUGUCUAUAAAGUUUUUUCUACUACAUUUGUUCCUUCAUAUUUUAUCCGUUUUAUCACCUUUUGAAGUAACUGAUUAUGAAAUCAUUUGAGUUGAAUAUUUGUGUCAAAAGUUGGAUUGUGUGAUGCCUCAUCACGAGCCACUUUGUGAUAUUGGUGAAAUCAAUGUAUCACUGAGAAUGUACCUGCUACUAUUGAAAUUUUUAAAUGAUAAAGAAAAACUUCCAUAGUUAAAUACAUUGAACUCACAACACCUUCCCACCGAGGAGAUGUAAAUAUUCAUGUACAUGUGUAUAUAUAGGUAUGUUUUUUUAUCACAUUUUUCUAAGUAGCAAAAUCAUAAGCCAUAUAGCUUUGAAUGGAUAGAUGUGGAUACUGAAAAGAUAUCUUGGAGGUCUCAGUUUGUAGUCUCAAUUACGUGCUUGUAUGUUGAACAGUUUUAGUUCAGGAAGGUAAAAUAUGACCAGUCAUUGGCAGUUUUUUUUAAGCCUGUCCUGAUUUGUUUAACCAAUUAAACCUCCUUUAAUUCUGGAAA